GACUGGCUAGGUAGCAUGGCGGGCGCGCGGGACGCGGGGCGCGCGGCGGCGACGGAAACGCGGCCUGGGAAGCGGCGGCGAGGGCCGGAGCCGGAGCCGGAGCCGGAGGAGUCGUCUCUCGCCUGUGCUGCUGCUCCCAGCCUCCGGGAUGACGGCGACUCUGGCCUGUCUGAAAGCGAGGAGAGUGUGUUCUCAGGCCUGGAAGACUCCGGCAGUGACAGUAGUGAGGACGACCCAGCAGAGGGAGAGGAUGGGGUCAGCAGUGAUGAGGGCCACGGUGGGACGGAGAAGACCACUGGACAGCAGGUGCAGGCCGGGAGCCCUCCCCCAAGGACAGAGGUGGCAAGCGUGCAGGGCCGGGACGAGUAUGCAGAGGACAGCUCCGAUGAGGAGGACGUCCGGAACACGGUGGGCAACGUGCCCCUGGAGUGGUACGAUGACUUCCCCCACGUGGGCUAUGACCUGGACGGCAGGCGCAUCUACAAGCCGCUGCGGACCCGUGACGAGCUGGACCAGUUUCUGGACAAGAUGGACGACCCCGGUUACUGGCGCACGGUGCAGGACCGGAUGACUGGGCACGACGUGAGGCUGACCGACGAGCAGGUGGCCCUGGUGCGGCGGCUGCAGAGCGGCCAGUUUGGGGACGGGAGCUGCGACCCGUACGAGCCGGCCGUGGACUUCUUCAGUGGUGACCUGAUGCUGCACCCGGUGACCAACCGACCCGCUGACAAGCGCAGCUUCAUCCCGUCCCUGGUGGAGAAGGAGAAGGUCUCUCGGAUGGUGCACGCCAUCAAGAUGGGCUGGAUUCAGCCGCGCCGGCCCCGGGACCACACACCCAGCUUCUACGACCUCUGGGCGCGGGAGGACCCGGACGCCGUGCUGGGCCGGCACAAGAUGCAUGUGCCCGCGCCGAAGCUGGCCCUGCCCGGCCACGCAGAGUCCUACAACCCGCCCCCCGAGUACCUGCCCAGCGAAGAGGAGCGCCUGGCGUGGGAGCAGCAGGAGCCGGGCGAGAGGAAGCUCAACUUCUUGCCCCGCAAGUUCCCGAGCCUGCGGGCCGUGCCCGCGUACGGACGGUUUAUCCAGGAGCGCUUCGAGCGCUGCCUCGACCUCUACCUGUGCCCGCGGCAGCGCAAGAUGCGGGUGAACGUGGACCCUGAAGACCUCAUUCCGAAACUGCCCCGGCCGCGGGACCUGCAGCCUUUCCCCACGUGCCAGGCCCUGGUCUAUAGGGGCCACAGCAACCUUGUCCGUUGCCUCAGUGUCUCCCCGGAUGGCCAGUGGCUGGCUUCAGGCUCUGAUGACGGCUCGGUGCGGCUCUGGGAGGUGGCCACUGCCCGCUGCAUGAGGACUGUGCCCAUGGGGGGCGUGGUAAAGAGUGUCGCCUGGAACCCUCGCCCCACCAUCUGCUUGGUGGCCGUGGCGGUAGAGGACUCAGUGCUGCUGUUGAACCCGGCCCUGGGGGACCGGCUGGUGGCGGGCAGCACGGACCAGCUGCUGAGUGCCUUCGUCCCGCCCGAGGAGCCCGCGGUGCAGCCCGCCCGCUGGCUGGAGGCCUCGGAGGAGGAGCGCCAGGGGGGCCUGCGGCUGCGCAUCUGCCACGGGAAGCCGGUGACACAGGUGACCUGGCACGGGCGUGGGGACUACAUGGCCGUGGUGCUGGCUGCCGCGGGGCACACGCAGGUGCUGAUCCACCAGCUGAGCCGGCGCCGCAGCCAGAGCCCCUUCCGCCGUAGCCACGGACACGUGCAGUGCGUGGCCUUCCACCCCCUAAGACCCUUCCUGCUGGUGGCCUCCCAGCGCGCUGUCCGCCUGUACCACCUGCUGCGCCAGGAGCUCACGAAGAAGCUCCGACCCAACUGCAAGUGGGUGUCCAGCCUGGCCGUGCACCCUGCAGGAGACAACGUCAUCUGUGGUAGCUAUGACAGCAAGCUUGUGUGGUUCGACCUGGACCUUUCCUGUGAGCCGUACAGGGUGCUGAGGCAUCACAAGAAGGCCCUCAGGGCUGUGGCCUUCCACCCCCGGUACCCACUGUUCGCAUCUGGCUCAGACGACGGGAGCGUCACCGUGUGCCACGGGAUGGUGUACAAUGACCUGCUGCAGAACCCGAUGCUGGUGCCAGUGAAGGUGCUGCGGGGGCAUGUGCCGACCCGAGACCUGGGGGUCCUGGACGUGGCCUUCCACCCCACCCAGCCGUGGGUCUUCUCCUCAGGGGCCGACGGCACCAUCCGCCUGUUCAGCUAGGCCCCGGGGCACGUGUGAGCUCAGGACCCUCAAUACAAGUGUCCCCCACGA